AUGCCGGAGGACGUGGAGGAAAAGCCGAAGACGUUCCGUAGUGAGGGCGAUGGAGACGAGGGAAAAGACGUCGCCCGACCCCGCUGUGACAUCGUCACCGAGGAAAAGGGCGACAUCAGUCGCAUGGCCGAGGACGAAAUUCCUAAAUCUACCCCCGCUGCCCAGCAACCCUCGACCAGCGCAUCUGCCGCCCGCAACAACGUCUCCUCUGCCGCUGCCGCUGCCGCCGCCUCAGCGUCAAAGCGUGCCGCCCAUGGUAAGAAUUCUGCUUUUUCUUCUUCUUCUUCUGUUCUUUGUUCCUCUGACCUUCCCCCUCGUGUUGCUUUGUUCUUUACCAAGAAUGUUGCCUUUGCAGAUGCCGCUGCCGCUGCUGCCGCCUUCAGGAAGUUCUCUUUUUCCGUACCACAAAACGGAUUCUCGUCGGCCACCCCGCUUAACACGGCUCUCUAUUUACCGUACUCAUAUGCAGCAGCUGCUGCGGCCAACAUGUCGCCGCUGAUGAUGCAGGUACUUUCAUCUUUUCUAACCACUGGUCACUCGUCAAACGGCGAAGGUCGCUCUUGGAAACAGACGUCUUUGCUAAACCAGCUUUUUCUUUGUGUGCUUUUUUUCUGUCGCUUCGAGAUGUUGCACGCCUUAGUGCAGGUGCGUCGCGGCCUUUGUCGCCGCCGCUUCUAA